UUAGAAGCUGUGAUAACUGCAUUUGUGAUUCGAAAGCAAUUCAAUAGCCGCACUUAGAUUUCUUAGUGAACCUAAAUGUAUUUUUAACUAGAUACGGUUAAUUAUACUUAGGAAAAGUUUUUCGCCACGUAAAUUUCCGAGAUACCUUCUAGAAACUGAUCGUGUCAAUUUACGUUUUAAAUCCUCAAAUAGAAGCACAAAAUACAUAAAAAUGAUUACAAACAAAAUGAGAACCAACGUGAAACUUGCAAAAUUAUUCUACAAAUAUCUGGACGAGCCCAAAGACAACAAAGAGGAAGCUGCGUCCGCGCCGGAACCAGAGACAACCGCGAAACCGGAAGUCAAAGAUUACGAAUCCUACCCGCCGUACAACUUCUCAUGGUUCAUAGAGAAUAAAGUGGCUGCCAUGGGGUGGCCGCAAACGGUUGAAAAUUUGAAUUAUUUGGCUGAUGUUGGAGUAGACCACCUAAUUACGCUGUCACCUGAGCGAAGACCACCGAUCCUGGAAUGCAAGAAGAAAUUGAAAUGGUCUGAGAUUAGAAUAAAGGAGUUCGGGACGCCAAAUCUGAAGCAGAUACUGAAGUUCAUCGAGAUAUGCGAGAGAGCAGAAAUUAGAGGGGAGGUGAUCGGCGUGCACUGCCGGCACGGGCGCGGUCGCACGGGCACGAUGCUGGCGUGCUACCUCGUGCACUUUCGCGACAUGGCGCCUGAGCGCGCCGUGCUCACUGUGCGCGUGCAGAGGCCUGGUUCCUGCGAAACGUACGAGCAAGAAAAAAUUGUCUGCCAUUACCACGAUUGCAUGCGCGGCACGAUAUCCAAACCGGACUAUCGAUUGGUCGAAGACAAACUAUACUUCGACUAUUCCAUGAAGUAUAACUACAGCGAUGACGAAGAAUCGACCAAAAGUGACGACGAAAACCUGAAGGAGUUGGCAGAUUUAAAAAUAGAAGAAAAACAAGUGGUCGAGACUCUGCAGUUGAAGAAAAGGAAAAAAUCAAAGGCCAUGGUUAUAAAUCAUCACAUUUAUUUUUAAGUUUAUGGUUAGUAACAAUUAUUAUUUGGUUAUAAUUACAUACAAGAUACACGUGCA